AUGGAGCUUAUCCCAGCUGACCAUGGUGGCAGCGAAGCCCAGUGCCACGGCUGUGCUGAGUAUUGCUGCGAAGGCCCACCACCUUUGCGCUGCUCCGAGCUCAAUUAUUGUUUGUUUGAUAUUGCUUCCUCCUGCUCAUGUGUGACCGUGUGUUCCAGGGGCACUGCCAUUUCUGGCAAUGUGUUCAGUGUGGUCUUUCUACUGAACGCAAUGGCAGUCUUGUUGCUGUGUGUGUGCAUGUACGUGAAAAAUGGACAUGGUGCCAGGGUCGGUGUGUUCAGCACAUCAUGCGUCAACACAGUGACACAGGGCUACCCAGGUUUGUCCCCACUCAAAUUACAAAUCUCCUUCUGUAUCAGGUUCCAUUGAAAUGCUCAAUGCAUGCUGCAGUGUUAUAUGCCAUAAUCUCUAUUUUUUUCUUCAU